GUGGGCAAGCGCGAGCAGCGCAUAUUCGAGAGAAACCUGGCGCCCUGGUGGCGGUCUUUAGGACGGCCAUAUUUUCUCUCGUGGGUUUCAAUCACGAAGGUGCUGGUUCGCUGAUAAUUUUUGGGAUGCGACGUACAAAGUCGUUUUCGCGCGUUCUGUACUCGUAAAUAAGUGAUCAGUGCCAACCAUGGCUAAAGGGAGUAACAAUUUAAGUGGAAGACGAUCAUCGUCGCGUAAUACGAAGCCCUACGACGCAAACAAUUCAUUUGUAAAAAAAGUAGCAACGAAAGUAACGGAUCUUAUACCACAAAGAUCUUGGAUCACUAAGUGGUUCAAUUCGUCUCAUAAUGAAGGCGAUGUAUUAGACGACAGUGAAAACCCUGAAGAGGUUGAGUCUGAAGAAGAAAUUCAGAAACCUCCGCCUUUAAAACGACCACGUAUUCGUAUGGAUAUUACUUAUCCUCCUGGUACAUUCUUGAUUCAGACUACAGCUAAGACUCCGCUUAACAAAGCCAGUUCUCCUAAACAACAAUAUUCCAUACACAAUGAGACGUCAGAAGAUUUUUCUGAACCUGCAAUGGCUGGGCCAAGCAGGAUGAGCCCUUUAAUAUCUUCCACCCCCGCAAUGCAAACAGAUAUUAGGAAUAUAGUCCCGCAGAGGUCUGAGUUGAAUUCGAUGACUGCUGCUACAAAUAAUGGAACUACAAAUGGAACAGAUGAUAAUUCUGAAUCCAGUGAGAGCACCAGCGGCUGCAGUUCUCUUAUUCCACAAAUAAAUAGACAGGAAGCUCCAUCAAAUGCCUCUUAUAACUCUACAUUUUCCAAUAGAAAAAGAUUUAAUAAUGACAAAUUAAAUUUCAACAAUCAUACGCAGUCCCUAAGGUCUUUAUUUUUAGAUAAUCGAGAUUCCUUGAGCAGUCGUAGACCAAGCUUUAAUGCAUCGGUUAUGACGAACACGCCGGAUCGUGCAUCACCCUUGUCGUCUCCUUUUUACAGUGGUAAUACUACUUUUGGUGGAGCAAAUGCAGCCGGUCAUUAUAAACGAAGCCGCACUUUGUUUAACAAUUCAAACGAGAUUCCACUUAAAGUUUCAAGAAGAACAAGUGUCGAAGUAAAACCAUCUAAUACAACAGGCGUUGAUUCAUCUGGCAUGAGUCAAACUGCUAAGAAAAUACUAGAAGCAUUAGAACACUUUUCAUCGCCAAUAACUGAUGCUAAAAAAAUUCCAUUAAAAAUGAUAAAUAAUACGUCAUCGUUAAGUAAAAAGAGAACGAGAGAGGAAACAUCGCCGACAGUCAAAGUUGGUUUACGUCAUUUAACUCGUGAAUUAAUUGUACCAAGUGUGCCCGAUAUAUUAAAAUUGAAACGGCGUCAAAAACUACAAGAUACAACAGUGGCAGCUAGAAAAAUCGUUUCGGCUCGAACUGAGCAACCGCCUCCACAAGAAUACCAUCUUAGGACACAAGACGAUGAAGAUUCAAAGCAUCACGGAAAACUUAAAGUUAAAGCGACAAAUCUUGAUGAAGAAUGCACGAUUGAACCAGUCAAUUUACCAAGUAUACCUUUGCCUAUUUCUUCUUUACCUAAUUUUAACUUUAUGCCACCUGUUAAUUCAACAACGGUAGAUAAAAGUUGUAUAGAUAAAGAAGAAACUUUCACAUUUGCAAGUCCUAUAAAAGUAACAAAUGUCGCAAAGAAUUUAAAAUCUAUUAAUAACUUCACAUUUAGUAGUCCAAUUAUAGCUGAUAAACAGUCAAUCGAUAACUCUAUUAAGUCAAGUUCGCCUUUAAAAAGAGUUGGGACUGCAUCUACUGCGUCGUCUAGCAAUUAUGUAUCUACUGUAACACAGAAUUUCAUGUGGUCUACUUCGUCUACAGCACCCAGACUAAAAGAAAAGGCAAAGAAUAGAGAUAGUCCUGUCCCCGCUACUUCGAAGGAAUUGAAAUCGGGAAGUGUUAUGGACAUUCUUGGCUCGAAAACCAAUAUAACAGAGCUCGAAAAAUUAAAUGAAACAAAAACGGAAUUAGAUUCAAAUGAAGAUUCUUCUAAUAACAAAGUAAAUUCGAUUACUUUAGAUACAAAUAAGAAUAAUAUUACUAAAAUUUCAAGUUCAAAGACGGAUGUACAGCAAGAUACUUCAAAUAUGUGGGAAUGUUCUGAAUGUUUGAUUAAAAACAAUAGUUCUGAAACGCAGUGCAUUAGUUGUAAAACUGCCAAACGAAGCCCUAAAAAUAAUAAAACUAGUGAGUUGUUAUCGACACCGAGUACUGUCAGUGAAUCGAAGGCUGCAGUCAAAGAUUACUUUGGGUCUCAGUUUAAAAUUUCAAGUAAUCAAUGGGAAUGUGCAUCAUGUUUUAUAAGAAACAAACAAACCGACAUUAAGUGCGUCGCGUGUAGUGCACUUAAACCACCCUCCAAGCCUGAAACUGAAUCAGCUGCAACAAAAUUACCAAAUUCUGACCUUAACACAAAAUCCUUGGAAGGAUCUUGGGAUUGUUCUAACUGCCCAUCAAAGAAUUCUGCAGAUACUACUACAUGCUCUUCUUGCAAAACGUCUAAGCCGAAUUUAUUAAACACGUAUCCUAAAAAAGAGAAAAAUAUUACGGACGAUACAAAUAUUGCAACCAACCAGAAGACCAAUAUGUCAAUCAAUACAUCGUUAACUGAUUCAACUGUUACUAAAAGUGAAGCUAUAGAUAAGUUUAAACCAAACAAAGAUACAUGGGAAUGUCCUUGCUGUAUGGUUAGAAAUGUUAUUUCCAUCGAUUCUUGUCCAUGUUGCAAUACAGCUAAACCUAAUACUGGAAGCACUGGAAACGCAACCAAGUCCGCUCCCUCGUCAGUUGCAAAUGGAUUUGGAGAUAAAUUUAAAAAACCUGAAGGUGCGUGGACCUGUGACUCUUGUAUGUUGCAAAAUGAAGCAAAAGUUACCGAAUGUGUUGCUUGUGGUGGCUUAAAGCCAGGAUCAAAAAAAUCAGACAACUCUACUACGAAUACUAGUUCCAAUUUACAAUUUAGUUUUGGUAUACCUCCAAGUGCUGGAGGUUUUAAAUUUGGAAUAGAUAAAGCUGAUCAAGAAAAGACUGAUACAGUAACACCUAUAACUAGUUUUAAAUUUGGUGAGAGUCAACAAAGUAGCCAAAUCGGCCAAUUCACAUUUGGCAUUCAAAAAGAAGAGAAGAAAACAUCCAGUGAAACAUUGGAAUCUACAAGUAGUACCCCUUCGAUAGUAGGAAGUGGGUUUGGAUUACAAGUUGGGUCGAAACCUGUUGAACAGACUGAUCUAAAACAAGAUUCUAAAAAAUUAGAAAAGAAGGCAGCAUCAUCCUUUUCGUUUGGUAUCCGGAAACCUGAAAAUGCGACAGCAGAAAAUGAUAAGCAAUCCACGAUUGUGGCAUCCACAAUUCAAAGCACAACACUCCCAUCUACCUUUACAUUUGGUGUACCAAAAUCUGAAAUUAAACAACCAGGUAUGGACAAAGGAAAACAACAGGGUUCUUUGCUUGAAAAUCCUAUGAUAGAAGCUUCAAAGCCAAAUACAAAAGUUACCGAAUCUUCUACCGCGACUAAUGUUAAUACAUUAGCUUCAGUUACUCAGAGCAGUUCACAAGAACUCAAAUCAACCCCUAUUUUUACAUUUGGCAUACCAAGCAAUACGGUUGCAGUUAGCACUAGUGUCUCUACAAGCGUAGUAACAAGUCUUCCAUCUUCUACUCAAUCUUCCUUUGUAUUUUCUGAAACAACGCCAGCACAAACAAAACCUCUAGCAACUUUCGGUCAAAUAACGGCAUCAGCUCUUUCUUCAACUCCGUCUACUACCUUCACAUUUGGAGAAAAAGCGAAAGAAGGAAUUUCGGCAACAAAAACUUUUGGUGCGAUGCCAAACGGCCCCUCUGGAAAUUCAAUAUUUUCUAACAUUUCAAACACCCCAUCAUUGUUUGGUACUAGCGAUGCGAAGACUACGCCUGCAUUUGGCACAGAAGAGAAUAAGCAACCUACGUUUGGUGCAAAUGUAAGUAAACCAUUUACUUUCGCAAUGCCAGACGCUAAAGCGCCAACAUUUGGCACUGUAGAGAAUAAAUCUUCAAUUUUUGGAUCGUCUGAUACGAAAAUACCUGUAUUUGGGAGUCCAGAUAAUAAACCAACACCUCUAUUCAGUGCAACCGCACAAGCGCCAACUGCAACAACUACGCCAACUUUUAGUGCACCAACAGUUACGCCAACUUUUAGUGCACCAUCAGCUACGCCAACUUUUAGUGCACCAUCAGCUACGCCAACUUUUAAUGCACCAUCAGCUACACCAUCUCUUUUUGGAUCAUCUGUUACCCCUGUCUUUGGAAGUAACGCUCCUUCAACGUUUGCUACCGAGACGAAACCCAAUAUAUUUGGUUCUACUGCAAAGCCAGACGAAACUAACACACCAAGUCCAAGUCGAUUUACGUUUAAUGCUACUCCUGCUCAGCCAGUAGCACAACCUGCAAGUGGAUUCAAGUUUUCUGCAAACACUAAUCCUGCUGGAACAACUCAGAAACCAUUGUUUACGUUUGGUAGUACUACCAAUACGCCACCGAGUAACAAUGUAUUUGGAGGAACAUUCAAUAGUCCUGGUUCAAGUAAUACUUCUGGCUUUACAUUCAAUGCUCCUAAACCAGAAACACCAGCAUUUGGUCAGUCUACUGUUGCACCUCCAAUAUUCGGUACACCUCAAUCUAGAACUCAAGAGCAACCGUCGUCAUCGUUUGCGUCAACUCCUGCAAACACAGGAUUCAAUUUUGGAUCCACGGCACCUGCUACAUCUUCGGGAGGUUUCAAUUUCGGCGCAGCUGCACCUUUUCCAGCAGCCGCUCCUUCUCCAGACUUCAAUUUCAAUCCAGCCAGAUUUACACCAACAUUUGAUCCAAGUGCGACACCGUUCAUCUGUUUCACUGGCGGAAACGCGCCUACAUCAUUCAGCGGUACACCGCAAGCUUUGGGACAAAGGAAAAUCAAGAAAGCUUGUAGAAGAAUGCGGUAGAGGGCAAGUAAUAUACGACACUAGUUGCACAUACACUUGGAUGCAUUUUUACAUCUGCUUCAUGCAACCGUGUGUGUGAAUAUGGUUUUGAAUGUAUGCUAAAAGUUACAGUAUGGUACAGUGAAAAUAUCAUAUACCAACCGAUCACAUCAACAUGGUGGUAUACCAAGCAUUUUAUGUAAUAUAUUAAUCUGCUAAUGGGACAUGCUUGCGUACAGCCACUUGUAUUCUACAGGAUCUGUAAAUUAUAAAUUAUUUAAAUUAUACAAUAAUAACGAAUGAUACUUUGAUGUUGGCAUGAAGCCACUAUUACAAAUAAGACAGAUUGUAAUGCCAUUGCAUUACUAAUACCUUGCCCAAACAAGACACUAUAUAAGGGGUGAACCACAUAACUUGAUUGUCUUGAUUCCUUUUGGUGUCAGUGGACCAAUUAAAAUUGUUAUCGUCUUGAAUAAUGUAAUUUAAAAGGAUUUCAGACCUGAGUAUAAUAUAUUUUUUAUGUAACACCUUUCCUUUUUAAUUUUUUAUGCGGAACCCUAUUAUUUCGUUUUGUUCUUCUUUUAGGAACUGUAGAAAUGAACUUAGAAAACAUCGUAAAAUAUUUAUUUCACGUCAAAACUGAAUAUACAAUGGGGGAAAGUAUUCAAAAUGAAUUCUAUAUCACUGUACAUUUCCUAGCAUUCUUUUAUGAUUAAUAUUGACCAUUAUUUAUAUGUAAAUAAUGUUUUUUUAAUAAAAUUAUCCAAGAUAGAAAGUAUUCGAAUUGGUUCUUUAACGAUGGAAAUAGUCGAGGUGGUCAAGUUAUGUGGUUCACUUUAUAUAUUUACUGAUAUGACAUAAAUAAAUACUAAUUUGCUGAAAUGGGAGAGUAUCUCGAUAAUGAAACCUAAUAAUAAGCACUACAUGCGUGCAAUUUAUUGAGGAUUACGACUGGGAAUAAUGUACCCCUCAGGUAAGUAUAAGUCAUUCACAACUCGUGACAAUGUUUUUGUGACUUAAGAGAAGGACUAAACAUGUGCCGAAAUAUAUUAGUUGAAAAGUUAUUUUUUUUGUAAAGAAAAAAUGUUGCAAGAUAUUGCAAUGACUUUAUUCUUAUAUUUCUAACGUAAAAACAAUCAUCCUUGCCUGACUAGUUAUUUUUCAUAAAUUCAAAAGACGUAUACAGAAUUUGACAUAGUCAGGUACACGAAAUUGAAGGAGCUUAACAAAAGAAGAAAAGAAUAUAUGCUUGACAAAAUUCCUUUAUUCGUUUGUUCUACAACUUUUGACACGUUACGAGUAUUGUGAAUUGACUGAAUAUCAAUAAAGUCUCACUGCGUAUAGACAUUAAUUAUAGCUAAAUUAAGAUUUCAUGGGCAGUUCUACAGUCUUUGUAGUCCUAGUUCAAGAAAAGUGUAUCAUACACGAAAAUGGCAUUCGGAUAGUACAAACUCACGAUUACUGAACGAUUACAUCGAGUAGUCGAUAUUGUAUAUUUUUUUUAUAUAUUGAAAUGAAUUUAAUCCUAUAAGAAAAUACUGAAUGCCAUUUUGAUAGAAUUAAAUUAUAGUAAUGUUGCGUGCUUUAUCAUAGAGUGAAUGAAAAACGAAUCGAGAAGUAUGUUGAAUGAAAAUAAAUUAUUACGGGGCUUCUAAAGAGUUACUUACUUUUUAAACAAUUUUUUUUACUAACUUUAAUGUAAUUUUUAUAGUUAGUUUCUGAAACUGAUUCGCAAUGGUGUAUAUUGUUGCUUUUGCAAUUUACAUCAUGAAAACGUAUCAUUCUGUACUUUAACGAUGUUUAACAAAAAAAAAAAAAAAAAAACAAUGGUGAAAAAAUAUUACGAGGAAUUAUGACAAAUUGUAUCAAUGAUAUUAGUUUCUGUAAAUGUAAGUAUAGUGCAAUUGUUCCCAAAACAGAAAGGAACUGUAAAGCAGACAAUUCUUUUUAGAAGUCCCAAAAAAGCAGAAAGUAGUUAGUCGACGUGUUACUGAUUAAUAAAUUAAUAUUAAAUCAUACACGUCCUAUUUAAGAUUAGGAUAGUUAUAUCUAUAAUGUUGGCUUAAAAUUGACAGUAGCCAAGAAUAACUCGGCACAAGACCACCCUUCUGCCAUAAUAGAUACGUAGGUACAAACCAAUUUUGUUACAUAUUGUUAAUCUAUAUGUUGUGUAAUAUUUACAUUGUAGAUUUUAAGGCAUUUUUAAUUUUUGCGUACAUUAUUAGAAAAAGCAAGGAUAAUAAAUAAAAAGCCUUGAUUUUAUGUUGAUAAUUUACAAAUUACAUGUUCUGCAAACACCCUUCGUAGCCCGUUACCUACUACGCUACAAUAUUAUUGCUAAUUACAUGAAAAGUCUACCAAUGCGAUUACUGGAAUUUUUGUUUGCGCAAUUAAAAUUACAUUUAUACGUAGAACGAGAUCUGUAGCAAUUGUAUAAUUGAUAUUAAAUAAUUACACAUACAUAUAAUGCCUCAUAAUGGUAUUCUUUGUAUAAAAAGGAUCUUGUCUACGGAGGGUUCUUCCGCACGUAGUUAUAUAACAUAACAAAAUUAUAACUUUGUAUAAUAAUUACCAGCUGAAACACUAACCAAUGGUAAAGUGAGGCUGCGCUGAGGUAUGUCUAUGCUGCUGUCUUACACUGUGAACAUUCUCUGUCGAGGCUGUGUCGUCCAUUUGUCUAUCCCUAGACAAAUUUCCAAAUUAAUGAAUAUAUCAAAUACUGUCCUAAAGGGGCAGUACCUUUGUAUUAAAUCUCGUAUAUGGCCUUAAAAAAAUACAUAACGAGCGUAUGACGUAGAUGUAUUAACAAUUGUAAAGCAAAUCAUGUUGGAAUUGUUUUGUAGCAGUUUGUACUCUCUAUUGCAGUAUGUUUGCAUAAGCACUUGAAGAGCAUUGCAUUAAAAUCGUUCAACAAUAGAUGCUUAACAUCUCAUGACUCGUAGAAUACUUGCCUUUGUACUCAUAAAAAUUUCUAUAACGAAUACUACGUUACAAUUAUCGAAUUUAAUAUUUAUUCAUUGCCCAUAACACUUGAUUGUCUAUUACAAUUGCAUCAUUUAAGAAAAUAUGUAAUAAUCGGUAUGACGGAGAUACAUAAUUUACUCUAUAAAAAUGGCAGCUGUCGGUGAACUGAUCAAAUAUUUAAAAAAUGUUGAAGUGCAGCGCGAAAGUCCUACGAGUUACGAGUUGUCGAAAAAUGAGUCAAAUGUUCUGAGGCCUUAUUAUAAUCAUAGUCCAUGAAAAUUAUGUAUUGUACUGAAUUUACACAAAUAUCUGUAAUGAUUAUAUUGAGAAUGUAUUAAUCAGUGAUCUAAUGUUCACAAAAUGAGAGAGUUUGUUAUGAAAUAAGUCCAAUGACUGACUGUAAUUAAAUACAAUGUACAUGGGAGAAUGUUCACUGUAUGCUUCAGGUGCUAUGGGAAUGUAAUUACAUUCUCAUGACAUGGUAUAAUGUUAGAUAAUCUUAUAAAGGAGUAUCGGUGUUUCUCAACCGGUGAAUCGCCCAUAAUUUGGUAACCUCUUUAUUCGCACAAAUGGAGCAAAAAAAAAAUUACGCUUAAGGGUAAUUAAAUGUUUUCUUUUAUUAUUAAAAUUAAAAAAAAAAACAAAAACAAAAUGUUAUUAGGUUGUAAAUGUUUUAUUUAAGAGAGCAUGACAACGGUAUUUAGUUUAUUCCAAAAUACGUAAAUACUAGUAAACGAGCUGACGGCGAAAAUAUUAGUGUAUAUUAAAUAGAACGGAAAUAGUUUGCAGAACAAAUGUGUAAACGUUAUUAUAGUGAAUAAAAAUCUCAAUAGCCUCAUAUUGUAUAAUUUAUUAUAUAAAUGUGACGUUGCAUUAAUGCGUAACAUUUGUGAUAACGAGGGUUAUUGAACUAGCGUUGAGAAACACCGUAAUUAGGAUACAUUCACGUUAACAUUAUUACCAUAUUAUUAUUCUUAAUACUAUCCUCCUCUGUACCCAUAAUAAUUAUAUAUAAUACAAUAUUAGGAUACACGAAAAUAUCAAUGGAAAACAAUGAUGUUUAAUUUGGGUUUACAAUUUUAUUUUUUAGCUAAUAAAGUAACGAUUUUAGGAGGGCAUUUAGAUAAUAAUAAUGCGAACCAAGGAGUUUCGACUGUACAAUUAUCGUAUAAUGUAAUUACACUUUAAACUCUCAUUUAUCUUAGUGAAUAAAUGUGCUGAGGCAGAAAUAAUGCGCGCAAAACUUCGUAAAAACCCUUUGGUUCGCAUUCAGAAAGUAAUCUAAAAACAAAUGUUAGAAUUCAGUCGCAAUCUCGAAUUCUUAAAUCAAAUGUAUGUUCUAUGAUUACGUUUCACGUUGCCUUUUAUUUCUGUAAGUAUCAAGCUCACUCCUUAACAGUUCCUCAAAGAAAUAUACAAAAUAAGAAAUCCAUAUUAUAACUUACUGUAAUAUUCGUGGUUUUCGUCAUCCCGAACAAUAUAUGUACAUCGUUCUACGUGGUAUCGUUAAAAAUAUUUUAUUUUAAACACAGAACAUCUCAGUCCCCUGUACAGAAUAAGCAAGAAAAUUAAUUCUUUUUUGUAACUCGAACAAAACUAGAGUGGGCAAACCAUAUGUGUUUUUUUCCUAUCUAAAAAGACAUUGAAAAAUCAAGUGACUGACAAUUAAGGGCUCUUAUUCCGCAUAAGGAAACUCUGUAAUUAUUAAUUGAAAAUUCCAAUUUGUUAUCGAGGGUCGCAUUAUCUAUUACGAAAGCUACGUAUAUUAAAUUUUUGCUUACACAAGCUAUACAAUAAUACAAAACGUAAUUGAUUUUCUUAUGUUGCACAGCUGUAUGAGGAGUUACGCAAAAAAUAAAGAUUAUCUAUGAUUAUGAUACA